AUGGCGUCUCUCGCCCCUCCUCAGUUGCGCGUCGACACCCGUAAUCAACGCGGUAAUGACAACGACGACGCGAUAACUCCCUCUCCCAUUUCGACACACUCAAAUCCGUUUCUCACGCCGGCCAUCAGCGCAGCAACAAGCGCCGCACCGAGUAUGCAUUCCACCGCUGUCACCGAGGACGCAGACAGCGCUCUGAGGCCCGACCCGGGCACGGAAGCCGACUUCAUCGUCCCAAACAACCCUUUUGCUUUUAGCCCUGGGCACCUCAACAAACUUUUAAACCCGAAAUCUUUGUCCGCCUUCCAGGCGCUCGGCGGCCUCCAUGGAAUCGAAAAGGGCCUGCAGACAGACAUCAAGUCCGGUCUGUCCCUGGAUGAGGUGGCUGUCCGUGGCAACGUCAGCUUCGAAGAGGCCACCGGUCACAAGGAGCCCGUCUUCGCCACGUCGGGUGCACAGCCUUCAGCCACCACACACAACGCCAGCGGCGAUGGUUUCACCGACCGCACCCGAGUGUAUGGCAGAAACGUGCUUCCCGCCAAAAAGGCUACCCCCUUGUGGAAGCUGAUGUGGACCGCCUACAACGACAAAGUUAUCAUUUUGUUGACGGUUGCCGCCGUCAUCUCAUUAGCGCUUGGUCUGUACGAGACCCUUGGCGUCGAGCAUGACCCCGAAGAAGGCCAGCCGGUCGACUGGGUCGAGGGCGUUGCCAUUGUCGUUGCCAUUUUGAUCGUUACGCUGGUUGGAUCCCUCAACGACUGGCAAAAGGAACGCGCCUUUGUCAAGCUCAAUGCCAAGAAGGAAGACCGCGAGGUCAAGGUUAUCCGGUCUGGCAAGUCUUUCAUGAUCAACGUCGCCGAGAUCUUGGUUGGCGACGUCAUCCACCUCGAGCCCGGUGACCUGGUCCCAGUCGACGGCAUUUUUAUUAGCGGUCAUGACCUGAAAUGCGACGAGUCCUCGGCCACGGGUGAGUCUGACGCUCUCAAGAAGACUGGCGGCGACGCCGUCUUCAACGCCCUCCAGUCCGGCAACGCUCCCAAGGACAUCGACCCUUUCAUCAUCUCGGGAGCCAAGGUCCUCGAGGGUGUCGGCACCUUCGUCUGCACCUCGGUCGGCACCAACUCCAGCUUCGGCAAGAUCAUGAUGUCGGUUCGCACCGAGAUGGAGGCCACGCCUCUGCAGAAGAAGCUCGAGGGCCUGGCCAUGGCCAUCGCCAAGCUCGGAAGCAGCGCUGCCCUCUUCCUCUUCGUCGUCCUCCUCAUCCGCUUCCUCGCCGAUUUGCCCAACAACAACGGUACUGGCGCCGAGAAGGCUUCCACCUUUAUGGACAUUCUCAUUGUGGCCAUCACCAUCAUUGUCGUCGCCGUACCGGAGGGACUUCCGCUGGCUGUAACUCUUGCACUGGCUUUCGCCACGACUCGCCUCCUGAAGGAAAACAACCUGGUUCGCAUUCUCCGAGCCUGCGAGACGAUGGGUAACGCCACGACCAUCUGCUCUGACAAGACCGGCACCUUGACCACGAACAAGAUGACGGUUGUCGCCGGUACCUUCGGCUCCGCCAGCUUCAGCAAGUCGGUCGACGGCGAGAAGGUCACCAGCGCCGUCGAGUUUGCUCAGUCGCUUCCCGAAGCCACCAAAAAGCUCCUCGUCCAGUCAGUCGCCAUCAACUCAACCGCCUUUGAGGGAGAAGAGGACGGCCAGGCUACCUUCAUCGGUUCCAAGACGGAGACUGCCCUGCUUGAGUUCGCCAAGGACCACCUCGGCAUGCAAGGAUUGGCCGAGACCCGCUCCAACGAGGAGGUCGUGCAGAUGAUGCCCUUUGACUCCGGCAAGAAGUGCAUGGCCGCCGUCAUCAAGCUGUCCGGCAACGGUGGCUACCGUCUCGUCGUUAAGGGUGCCUCUGAGAUUCUUCUCGGAUACUGCACCCAGAAGCUCAACAUCACCGACCUCAGCACCUCUGCCUUGGAAGAAUCCGACCGCCUUUUCCUCGAGGGAACCAUCGACACCUACGCCAAGCAGUCUCUUCGCACCAUCGCCCUCAUCUACCAAGACUACCCUCAAUGGCCUCCCCACGGCGUCAACGCCAACAUUGAGGGACACGUUGACCUCGGCGACAUCCUUCACGACCUCGUCUUUGCCGGUGUCGUUGGUAUCCAGGACCCGGUUCGCCCUGGAGUCCCCGAGGCGGUUCGUAAGGCCCAGCACGCCGGUGUCGUCGUCCGCAUGGUUACUGGUGACAACGCCGUCACUGCUCAGGCUAUCGCGACCGAGUGUGGUAUCUUCACCGAGGGCGGACUCAUCAUGGAGGGCCCCGUCUUCCGCAAGCUCUCCAUCGAGCAGAUGAACGAGACCCUGCCCCGUCUUCAAGUCUUGGCUCGUUCCUCCCCCGAGGAUAAGCGUGUCCUGGUCACCCGUCUCAAGGCUCUUGGUGAGACCGUUGCCGUGACUGGUGACGGUACCAACGACGCGCCCGCGCUCAAGGCUGCGGAUGUGGGUUUCUCUAUGGGUAUCUCUGGUACUGAAGUCGCCAAGGAAGCUUCUUCUAUUGUGCUGAUGGAUGAUAACUUCGCCUCGAUCGUCACGGCUUUGAAGUGGGGAAGAGCAGUCAACGACGCCGUCCAGAAGUUCCUUCAGUUCCAAAUCACGGUCAACAUCACCGCUGUCCUCCUCGCCUUCAUCACCGCCGUCUCUUCCCCCACGAUGGAGUCCGUUCUCACUGCCGUCCAGCUGCUCUGGGUCAACCUCAUCAUGGACACCUUCGCCGCCCUCGCGCUGGCUACGGACCCUCCCACGGAGAAGAUUCUCGACCGUCUGCCGCAGGGCAAGAAGGCGCCUCUCAUCACCAUCAACAUGUGGAAGAUGAUCAUCGGACAGGCUAUCUUCCAGUUGACAGCGACGCUCAUUCUACACUUCGCCGGUAACACCAUCUUUGGCUACGACUCGCACAACGAGGACCAACAACUGGAGCUUGACUCGAUGAUCUUUAACACAUUCGUCUGGAUGCAGAUCUUCAACGAGUUCAACAACCGUCGCCUCGACAACAAGUUCAAUAUCUUUGAGGGCGUCCACCGCAACUACUUCUUCAUCGUCAUCAACUGCAUCAUGGUCGGUGCCCAGGUCGCCAUCAUCUAUGUCGGCGGCAAGGCCUUCCGCAUCACACCUGGCGGCAUCAGCGGCGAGCACUGGGCCGUCUCCGUCGUCCUAGCCUCCCUCUCGAUCCCCAUGGCCAUCCUCAUCCGCCUCUUCCCGGACCCCUGGUUUGAGAAGAUCGCCAAGACCGUCGGCAGACCCGUCGUCGUCGUGUACCGCGCCUCGGGCAAGUUCUUCUCCCGGGUCGGCGCCGUCUUCCGCCGCAAGAAGACAACCGACGCCGAGGACGCGUCCGACGAGGAGGCCCGCGUGUCUUCCGGAUCCGAGGACUCCAAGAUCGCGGCGCCCGCCAUCGUCAUCUCGACGCAACCCGAGGAGACCAACACGGCCGUUGCUAAGGACGAUGAGAAGCGUCAAAUCUGA